CUCCCCCGGCUAUUUCUCUCUCUCUCUCUUUGCUGGCCGUGGUGUUCGUCAGUCCAGGAGCAUUUAACGUUAGUGAGGAGAGCGAGCCUCUGAGCUCAGCCGUGAAACGGCAAAGUGGCAGGCGCGCCUCUCGCCAUUUCCUCCGCCUCGCGCGCUGGCUUGCUAUGUCCGGUGGGAGCUCGAACUCUUCCUCGCGGAAGGAGUUCGAUGUCAAGCAGAUCCUCAGGAUCCGAUGGAGGUGGUUCGGUCACCCCGCGGUUCCUCCGUCUCAUUCUCCGCCGCUAAGAGACUACUUGGCCGGGAGGAGAUCGGGCGGCCACUCCUCCUCCCCAGAGGGACCUUCUUCUGCAUUUAGCGGGGGAAGCUCGACUUCAGACGGCGUCGGCAGUAGCCACGGCGGGCUAGUGACGAGCGGCAGCGCCGGGUCGAACCUUUGCAACAGCAGAAAGUUUGUUGAUUCGUCGGGGAGUCGUAGCGGCUCGGGUGAAGCUGGAGCGACUGGGAACUCCUGCUCUCGCUCAGCGAGCCAGCCGGAGUGCGGUAGCUCCCCCGCGGCGUGGGCUUCUCCGCCGCCACGUCGCCGUUCUCGCCCGGUAUCGAACAUGGAGCCCUCCGGCGAGGCCCCGGUGCUGCAGCUGGGAGUCGAGAGACUCGAGACCUCCGCUCGUGUAGGCGUAGACGGGGAGGCGGCGGCGGCGGCGGUCAGCGCCGAGGAGAACAUGAACCACCCGGAUACUGACUCGAGCUCUUGCAGGACGUCGAACAGCAGCGCCACGCUGUCCUCCUGUGUGUCGAUGGAGCCGUGUGCGUGUCCGGAGGAGGGCUUAUUCACCGCGCUGUCCCACGCUGACAUCACAUUCCGCAAGAUGGAGGGCUACCUGAGGAGUCGACAGUUGUGUGAUGUUACGCUGGUGGCUGGAGACAGACGGAUACCUGCGCACAGGCUGGUUCUCUCAUCUGUGUCCGACUACUUUGCGGCCAUGUUCACCAGCGAUGUGCGGGAGGCCAAACAGGAUGAGGUGAAGAUGGAGGGUGUGGACCCAGAUGCAUUGUGGAUUCUGGUGCAAUUUGCCUACACGGGGCGUCUGGAGUUGAGGGAGGACACCAUUGAGUCUUUGCUGUCCGCCUCUUGUCUUCUACAGUUGUCUUCGGCGGUUCAGGCUUGUUGUUCCUUCCUCCUGAAGCAGCUCCACCCCUCCAAUUGCCUCGGCAUCAGCUCCUACGCCAACGCGCAGGGCUGCCACGACCUGCAGAGGGCCGCUCACACCUACACCAUGGAACACUUUGUGGAGGUGGUUGGGGGCCAAGAGUUCAUGCUGCUUCCAGUGGAUGAGAUGGAGAGGCUGCUCAUGUCGGAUGAUCUUAACGUUCCGGAUGAGGAGACGGUGGUAACCGCUUUGCUCACUUGGGUGCAUCACGACGUGGGCGCCCGACAACGUCACCUGCCGGCGCUUCUCGCUCAUGUCAGACUGCCGCUGCUGCAGCCACAGUUCUUAGCAGACCUGGAGACCAGCCCCAUGCUCCGAGACAGCGUGGACUGCCAGCGGCUACUGAUGGAAGGAAUGAAGUACCAUCUUUUGCCCCAUCGCCGGCCCCUGCUUCAGAGCUCGCGCACACGGCCCCGCAAGGCCACGGUUGGGGCCAUGUUCGCGGUUGGCGGAAUGGACGCCACAAAAGGUGCUACUAGUAUUGAGCAGUAUUGUCUACGGCGGGACACGUGGAAGCAGGUGGCAACCAUGAGCGGUAGGAGGCUUCAGUUUGGCGUGGCCGUCCUGGAUGGCCGCCUCUAUGUGGUGGGGGGCCGAGAUGGACUCAAGACCCUCAACACGGUGGAGUGUUACAACCCUCGGUGCAAGACCUGGAGUGUCAUGCCACCCAUAUCUACACACAGACACGGCCUAGGUGUCGCCGUCCUUGAAGGGCCAAUGUACGCGGUAGGAGGACAUGACGGCUGGAGCUACCUCAGUACAGUCGAAAGGUGGGACCCUCAAGCUCGCCAGUGGAGCUUUGUUGCCAGUAUGGCCACACCCAGAAGCACCGUCGGAGUGGCAGUACUCAACAGCAAAUUAUAUGCAGUCGGAGGUCGUGAUGGUUCCUCCUGCCUGCGUUCAGUGGAGUGUUUUGACCCUCACACCAACAGGUGGAACGAUUGUGCUCCCAUGGCGAAACGGCGCGGUGGCGUGGGCGUGGCCACGUGGCAUGGCUUCCUGUAUGCCAUUGGCGGUCAUGAUGCUCCUGCAUCAUCUCUGGCCUCUCGGCUAAGCGACUGUGUGGAGAGGUAUGACCCUCAGACUGAUGUGUGGACAGCAGUGGCCCCCAUGAGUAUCAGCAGAGACGCAGUGGGCGUUUGUCUCCUCGGCGACCGUCUGUACGCCGUAGGUGGCUACGAUGGCCAAAUGUAUCUCAACACCGUGGAGGCUUAUGACCCUCAGACCAAUGAGUGGUCUCAGGUGGCACCGCUGUGUCUGGGCCGGGCCGGAGCCAGUGUGGUGGUGGUCAAAAUGUGAGAACAUACCAGAAGGCCCAGCAAACUGCCAGGAUCAAAGCCCGAAUGAGAAGUGCCAGGGGACUUCACAAUGUGAACAAUAAUUCCCCAGCCUCAUUUUCUGAGCGCUGACAUCCCAAUCUCCGCCACUGGUGAUCCAAAGCAUUCUGCUGGCCUUGUGUGGGUGGGAGUCACUCCUCCACAGACCCUAACUCCUUAUUUUGGAGAUGCACACUUACACUGUUUUGCUGAUGGAAAGGUGAAGGACUGUUCAGAAAGUUACACUCUUGAUUUGUUUUUAAUGUGUUCAUUGGCAAAGAGCUUACCUCUCCCAAUGACCGACAUACACUAAAACAACUCCUCCCUCUGCUGCUGUCUUUCUUCCGCAUUGUAUCAGCUCACUUCUGAAAGACAAAAGUUUCUGUAUGGUGAUUGAAAAAUUAAUUGUCAAGAUUAACUGUUUCAUAUCAAUGCGCAUUUUGGAAUUGUGAGCCGAAAGUAUUAAAAUGCAUCAUGUCUUACCAUAA